GUGGUGCAAGGUGCUAAAGCUCCGUCAGCGUUCCCGUCAAUCAUUGCAGCUCAGAGCUGCGCGGGGCAAGAGCACCGACCAGGAGCACUUUGUUCAGGAGGCACCACAAGCUGUGCACACCAUGGGGUUCGUCUGCUGCAAGGCACAGUUAGCACUUUCAUGAAACUUCUGGACACAGCUGUGCCUAUUUUUUUCUCUCCAUUUACAUCACUAUUAUUUUUCUUCCCCCAGUUACCAGUUAGUUUAUUCACAUCUGUAUCUGCCGAGAGGCGCGGUCGCCGGGUAACUUCAACGUUAACUUAAGUUAUUUCCAGUUGAGACGAGUUCACGGGUGGAGGAAACGAGGCAGGAUGUACCAUGAAGAGACCGCAGCGUUACACAGGCCACGCUAUGGAACCAUUCAGGAUGAUGAGAGGUUGUCAGCAGAAGAGAUGGAUGAGAGGAGGCGGCAGAACAUCGCCUACGAGUACCUGUGUCACCUAGAAGAAGCCAAACGAUGGAUGGAGGCCUGCUUAGAGGAGGACUUGCCGCCUACCACAGAACUGGAGGAAAGACUUAGGAAUGGGGUCUACCUUGGCAAGCUCGCCAAUUUUUUUGCACCAAAAAUGGUGUCAGAGAAAAGGAUCUAUGACCGAGAUCAGUCCCGUUAUAAGAGUAAAGGACUGCACUUCAGACACACUGACAACACAGUGCAGUGGCUCAGAGCCAUGGAGUCAGUGGGCCUCCCUAAGGUAAGGGGCUUCUUGUACUUGUACAAACUGGGAAUUGCACCACAGAUUCAAGACCUUCUAGGGAAAGUGGACUUCACAGAGGAAGAGAUCAGUAACAUGAGGAGUGAACUGGAAAAGUAUGGCAUUCAGAUGCCAGCUUUCAGUAAAAUUGGAGGUAUCCUGGCCAAUGAGCUGUCGAUUGAUGAAGCUGCCUUACAUGCUGCUGUGAUUGCCAUCAAUGAAGCGGUUGAUAGAGGUCAAGCAUCUGUCACAAUGGGAGCCCUGAACAAUCCUAACGCAAUGCUGAGGAACACACAGGAACCUCUGGCCCAAGAAUAUCAGGACACACUGAGUCAGACCAAGUCUCGCAAGCGGGAUCAGUCCUCAGGGAGGAGCACACCAGAGAAACGAAAACUUGAAGCAGUUGCAAGAAUCAAUACAGCCAUUCGCCUGGGCAAUGCUUUGGAAACAGUGGAGGAGCUGAUGAACCCGGAGGCACAGCUGCCAAUUGUCUACCAAACUGCUGCCAACCUCUACCAGGCUGAGCUUUUCAGUUUGCAGCUACAAGGGGGACGGUCUGGACUGAGCCACGAGGAACUGAGUGUAGCUGUAGAGAUGCUGUCAGCUGUCGCAGUGCUGAAUGAAGUACUGGACACCAAAGACCCACAGGCUGUGAUUGAGCAGCUAACAGACUCUCCCCUGGGCUUUACCAACAUAGACCAAGACAACCUUAACAGGUAUUCUGACAUGCUUAUCAAAGAGCGAGCUGAAGCGCUUUCCACGGGCCAAGAGUUUCUAACCUGGAAUGAUGUCCAGAAAUGCAUCGACACCGUGAAUGUUCAGGUCCAAGAAGAGCAUGAACGAAUCAUAGCCAUAGCUGAGAUCAAUGAGGCACUAAACUCAGGUGAUCAUGAGCAGACCCUUGCAGCCCUCCUCCUCCCUACAGCCAAGUUGUCGGGGGUGAACCCAGCCACAGCCAAACACUACCAUGAUGUCCUUCAAAAUACCAAACAACUUCUCUGCCAGAGCUCCGGUGAUGAAUCUGCAGUGCUGUGGCUGGACCAAAUCCAAGAGGCCAUACUGACAGCCAACCAGGAUGAAAAGGAGGCUCUCGCAUUGUCUGGAGCAGUAGCUCAUAUUAACAAGACAGUGAAUGAGGGGGACUCCCAGAAUACACUGGAGGCUUUGCAGGCUCCCAGUGUAGGGCUGAGAGCAGUUCUUCCUGAAUGUGCUGACACGUACCAAGAUGACCUUUCACAGAAACAAAGAGACGGUGCUGCCAAAGGCAGCACUGAUGGUGUGUGGGUAAAACACUGCAUCAAGGACAAAUAUGACUAUUUCUAUAACCUGGAAACUGAACAGGGCACCUGGGAGGAGCCUGAAGGGUUUGAACAGAACAGCGGACAUCUCAGUAAAGAAGAAAUCCAGAAUGUGGUGACCUGUGUGACUGCUGAGUAUAACAGGGAACAGCUAUGGCUGGCCAAUGAGUGCUUUGUGACCAAGCUGCAGGCGAGAGUCAGAGGUUACCUGGUCAGGAAGAAGCACGUCCAGAGAAUGGAGUAUCUGCAUCAGCAAGAACCACAUGUCAUAAAACUGCAGGCUUGUUGGAAAGGUUACAAACAGAGGAAAGUGUAUAAAGAGAGGAUGAAUUUGCUUCAGAAAAAUGUUGCUUCCAUUGUCAAGAUCCAGUCUUUUGUAAAGAUGUGGAAAGCAAAACGUGAAUACAAUCAGAGGCAACAGUUCUUCAAAGAUCAUGAAAAAGAAAUUGUGAAAAUCCAAGCUUUUCUGAAGGCCAACAAAGCCAGAGAGGACUACAGGACGCUAACUGGAGCCAAGGAUCCUCCUCUGUCAGUGGUGCGUAAAUUUGUCCACUUGUUGGAGCAGAGCCCUCUGGAUCUACAGGAAGAGCAGGAAGUGACACGGCUUCGGGAGGAAGUAGUCACAAAGAUUCGCUCCAAUCAACAGAUGGAGAAAGACUUGAACCUAAUGGAUAUAAAGAUUGGACUGCUAGUGAAGAACAGGAUCACUCUGCAGGAUGUCGUGUCCCAUAAUAAGAAAAUGAAGAGCAAGAAAAAUAAGGCGAGUAAAGAUGACCCGACGGCAGGAGACAGACUCGGUAUUAAGGGCCUGAGUAAAGGCAAAAGACGGAAACUCGAGGCCUACCAACAUCUCUUUUAUCUACUACAGACCAAUCCAUCCUACCUGGCUAAGCUGAUCUUCCAGAUGCCCCAAAACAAGUCCACCAAGUUUAUGGACACUGUGAUCUUCACACUCUACAACUAUGCCUCUAACCAGAGAGAGGAAUACCUGCUGCUCAAACUCUUCAAGACUGCUCUAGAAGAGGAAAUCAAUUCUAAGGUGGACCAGAUCCAGGACAUAGUGACAGGCAAUCCAACAGUUAUCAAGAUGGUGGUGAGCUUCAACAGAGGUGCACGUGGUCACAACACCCUCAGACAGCUGUUGGCUCCAGUCAUUAAAGACAUCAUUGAGGACAAGAGCUUAGGCCUCAACACAAACCCUGUUGAGGUCUACAAAGCCUGGGUCAACCAGCUGGAAAGUGCUACUGGAGAGGCCAGCAAGCUGCCUUACGAAGUGACUCCUGAGCAGGCCAUGUCACAUGAGGAAGUACGCAACAGGCUGCAGGCUUCCAGUCAGACACUGCGUUCGGCCACAGAUAAGGUCCUGAACUCCAUUGUGUCCUCACUGGAUAAUCUCCCUUAUGGCAUGAGAUACAUAGCUAAAGUUCUGAAGAACAGCCUCCAUGAAAAGUUUCCAGAUGCCUCAGAGGAUGAGCUGUUGAAGAUUGUAGGUAACCUGCUGUAUUACCGCUACAUGAACCCAGCCAUUGUGGCCCCAGAUGGCUUUGACAUCAUUGACCUGUCAGCAGGAGGGCAGCUCCACCAAGACCAGCGGCGUAAUCUGGGAUCAGUGGCAAAGAUGCUCCAGCAUGCUGCUGCCAAGAAUCUGUUUGAGGGCGAGAAUGCACACAUGACGCCCAUGAACAACUACAUAUCACAGACAUAUGAGAAGUUUAGGUUAUUUUUCCAGUCGGCGUGUGAUGUCCCUGAACCAGAGGAGAAGUUUAAUAUUGACGAAUACUCGGAUAUGGUGAACUUAAGCAAACCCAUCAUCUACAUAUCAAUAGAGGAGAUCAUCAAUACACACUCGCUGCUUUUGGAACAUCUGGACGCCAUCUCUCCAGAACGCAAUGACUUGCUGCAUGAGCUGCUACAGGACCUCGGAGACGUCCCUGAUGUAGAGACAUUGCUCGGUGAAGGAGCUGUUGACCCAAAUGAUCAAAAUAGGGAGAGUGCUCUGAGUCAGCUGGCAAAGACCGAGAUCUCCCUCACUCUAACCAGCAAGUUUGAGCUGCUGGAAGGAGAUGACAGAGACUUAAAGACCCUCAGUACAAAGACAAAAAAGCUGAUUGUGGAUGUGAUUCGGAUCCAACAUGGAGAGACUUUACCUGAAAUUCUUGAGACUCCAGCCACUGCAGCACAGGAGUCAGAGCAUACUAGGAUUGUUGAGCGCAGGGCAGUCCAGGAUGCUCAGACACCAGAGGGUCUGAAGAGCAGCCCAGCGCUUUUGGAGGACAGCCAGUUACCGCUCGAGCAGAAGAAGAGGAAGAUUAUCAGGAACCUUCGUAACCUGGAGCAGGCUGGCCUUGCUACUGCAAGUAACAAAUACCAGGACCUCAUCAACGAAAUAUCAAAGGACAUCCGAUACCAAAGGCGCUACAGACAGAGGAGGAAGGCCGAGCUCGUGAAGCUCCAGCAAACUCUGACUGCCCUUAACUCAAAAACUGCCUUCUACCAGGAACAGAUGAACUACUAUGAUGCCUACAUCAAGACUUGCCUGGAUAACCUAAACAGGAAGAAUUCACGCAGAUCUAUAAAACUGGACGGGAAAGGGGAAGAUAAGGGCAGUAAGAAGUGGAAGCCCCAGUCUCUGAAGUACACUGCAGCAAAACUGCACGAGAAGGGAGUCAUCCUGGAGAUAGAGGGACUUCAGACCAACCAGUUCAAAAAUGUCAUGUUCGACAUUUCACCCACUGAGGAAGUUGGAGACUUUGAGGUGAAAGCCAAGUUUAUGGGGGUCGAGAUGGAAAAAGUCCAGCUUCAUUUCCAGGAUCUCCUUCAGCUGCAGUACGAAGGUGUGGCGGUCAUGAAGAUGUUCGACAAAGCCAAAGUGAAUGUCAAUUUACUCAUCUUCCUCCUGAACAAGAAGUUCUACGGAAAAUAAAGGAGAGAAAAAACAGAGUUGGGAGAAACCUGGUCGUGCCUUUGGACUGUACUGAGUUUGUUGAACAGCACAAAAACGUCACGCGGUGCCGUGAUUUGUUUCUUCUGCCUAUAAUUUGAUGGAUCGCACCAAAAUGAAACUUUAUCGUUCACUUUGUGUACCUAUAUUUCUUUCUUUCCCAUGUGGUGAUUGUAAAUGUAAUAUAUUUUGAAGAAUUCAAUUGUGAUGUUCAUGUUUCUUGUUCAAAAGAGAGAAGUUUGAUGGAAAUGUCAGACGAACCAGUACGGUCUUAUUUCAGAAACUGGAGCGGCGCAGCCUGCAUGGCUGUAUGAAAUAAUAUAGUGCCUUUUUAAUGAAAGAAUUUAAAGACACAUGUUUUUAAUUAAUAAACAUUUGAACAUUUUAAAAGCUAUAUGUGAUGUAUUUUUAUAAGUGUUGUUGCUAUAUAAUUGAUGUCUAAUGCUUAAACAAUAUUCAUAAUAAAUUGCACAUCCCAAACCUUU